UCAGGGGGACCCAUUCCAGCCUCUACCAGCCCCUGACAACUAAUCAAGCUCCCUCUAAAGGCUCCUAUGGAAUAUUCUAGGGCCAGGUAGAUACCACCUCACCUCUCGCUCAGGUGAGAGCUGGUAGCUCCUCCCUGUUAAAUGCGCAUCUCAAUGCGCUUUCUCCAAGUGAGUUUUGCAAUAAAAGAGCUGUCACUGUGAACAGGUGGGACAGGAGUGAGAGCUCCUUCACUUGCUUCUGUUGCUGCUGCUGGCUCAGGGACAGGAGACAAGACAGGUAGCUGACGAGAUUUACCUGAGACCUCAGGACCAGAACCAUGCGCUGUGCCAUCCAGAAGGCAGAAGUGCUGGACGGGGCCCACCUGAUGCAGAUUCUCUGGCAAGAUGGCACAGAAUCCUUCUACCCCGCCGUGUGGCUCAGAGACAACUGCCAGUGCCCCGGCUGCUACCUGGACUCCGCAAAGGCACGGAAGUUUCUGGUGGAAUCUCUUGAUGUGAACAUUGGUAUUAAAGACUUGUCGUUUGACAGAAAAAGGGUUCUUAUCACCUGGCCAAACGAACAUUACAGUGAAUUUGAAGCUGACUGGCUGAAGAAGAGAUGCUUUUCGCAGCAGGCCAGAGAGAAACUCCAAAGAGAAUUGUUUGUCCCAGAAUGUCAGUUCUGGGACUCAGAACUCCAGCUACCUACUCUGGAUUUUGAAGAUGUUUUAAAAAGUGAUGAACAUGCGUACAAGUGGCUCUCCAACCUCAAGAAAGUGGGCAUAGUACGACUCACAGGAGCAUCCAACAAACAAGGAGAAAUUUUCAAACUUGGGAAAAGGAUUGGUUUCCUUUAUCUCACCUUUUAUGGACAUACUUGGCAGGUGCAAGACAAAAUCGACGCAAAUAAUGUGGCUUAUACAACCGGGAAACUAAGCUUUCACACGGACUACCCAGCCCUCCGUCACCCACCUGGGGUGCAGUUUCUGCACUGCAUAAAACAAACAGUCACCGGGGGUGAUUCGGAAAUUGUAGAUGGAUUUAAUAUAUGCCGAAAGCUCAAGGAAAAAAAUCCUUGGGCAUUCCAGAUUUUGUCUUCCACCUUCGUGGACUUCACAGACAUUGGAGUUGAUUACUGCGACUUCUCUGUACAAUCCAAACACAAAAUUAUAGAAUUGGAUGAUAAAGGCCAAGUGGUUCGCAUCAACUUCAAUAAUGCGACAAGAGACACAAUAUUUGAUGUGCCUGUUGAGAAGGUUCAACCUUUCUAUGCUGCUCUGAAGGAGUUUGUGGACCUCAUGAACUGUAAAGAAUCCAAGUUCACUUUCAAGAUGAAUCCAGGUGACGUGAUUACUUUUGACAACUGGCGCUUGCUUCAUGGCCGACGUAGCUACGAAGCAGGAACCGAGAUAACCCGCCACCUAGAAGGAGCUUACGCCGACUGGGACGUGGUAAUGUCGAGGCUGCGCAUCUUACGGCAGCGUGUCCAGAACAGAAACUGAACCUCCCGUCUGUAGUUUCAGUAAGAUUCCAGUGAGUGUAUUUUGUUGGAUAUGCUAAGGAUAUAUGUCUUCACAGACCAAGAUCCACGUCAUUUACAUAUUAAUUUCUUUCACAUUGAAUGUGUCACCUUUCUGACAAGAGUUUUCUUUUCUUUGUAAUCAUCUCUAAUGCCAACUCUUUGGAUGUUUGUAGCCGUGUUCUCUCUUUUCCAAACAGAGCCUCCCUUCUGUUCUAGUGCAUGUAGGACCUAAUUUCUUUUGCCCAUAAAUGAGUCUCCAGAAUGCCUACAGAUAGUUUUGUAUCAAAUAAAACCUUUCUUCAAAUAAUGCCUUUUUUAAAAAGAAAGCUUUCGUUUCAAAUAAAGCUUG